AGACAUGUAUCAUUGUAUGUGUGUCUUAGGUGUUGAAUGAAAUGUAUGCAUUUAUUUUAGUAGCAUAUAGGAAUAUGGUUAUGCACUACUUAAUUGUGCAAUAAAGACGGUUUCUGAUAAGCAUCGCCGAAAGAAUAAUUUACGUAAUUAAUUCUAAUGCUGCAUAUGUCCAGCAGUGAAAAAUACAUUAAGGUGGAAGUAAAAAACUAGAACAGUAGACUAGAAUUAGAAGACUGAAGAGGUGAAUAUAGUAUACAGGCUACUGUUAUGAAGGUGGAUUCAAAAAAUGACAGUCCUCAAGCAGCCUCUUCAGAUAACAGCCCGUCUUCUCAGCGACCCAGAAGAAAUGUGAUGGCCAAAAGUCUAGAUUACAACAAUGGGCUGUUGUGGAAGGAAGAGAAAGACCUUAAAAAAGCCCUAUAUGCUUCACUGAAUGAGAAUAGACGUUCAAAAAUUUCGGACUCGGGUGAAUGGGAGUCCAAUGGUGACAUAACUGGCCCUAAUGUAAGAUACAGACAGUUUCAGCGUCCUGGACAGAAUGGUGUGGGUAAUAGAGAUGAAAGCCCAAAAAGAGCAAAAGUUCAUGCUCAACGAAAAUUUGCCCAAGGUUCAACUCCAAAUAGCCCAGCAGUAACUCCUGUAAAAAUUCUUCAGACAAGUAAUGUUGCUUCUGACUUGCUUCCGUGUCGAAGGCCUAAAACAGAAGAUUUUUUAACUUUUUUGUGCCUACGAGGAACUCCUUUACUUCCUCCUGCUCUGGACUUCCUGAACCAAGGUGCUCAUGGUGACUCUGAAUCGAGUCGUAGCCCAAGUCCUGAACUGGGGAGAGCAGACAUAAGUGGAAUAAAAGAUGAACAGCUCUCUAAAUUUGUUGGAAUACAUGAAAAAAACACACAUAAAGUCUCACUUGUGGAUAGACUAACUCCAGUCAAACAACCAGUUGGAAGAACAUGGGGGUCUAAAAGAGAAAGAGGUAGCAUUACAGGAUCAGAAAAUGGAGACAUGUAUCAUGAAAGUAGCAUAGAAGGCAGUGGAAAAGAAAGAAGUACACCACUAACUCGUAAAAGAAAACUAUUAGCCAGAGAUUCCUCUACCAGAACCAAACAAGCAACACUUAACUUUGAAGGCUUGCCAUCAUCAAAUACUACUUCAGGGAGAUUAAAAAGUUCUUCAAAGUUAACAUCAGUUGGCCAACUCCGAGAAAAAUACAAACAGCAGAGACUUGCCAAAGUAAAGCAAACAUCAAAAUCAAAAGAUACAAGAAGAAAUACAGGCAAAGAUAUUUCUCAGGAAGAUAAAAAAAACAAAAGUAGAGGUAACGGGCAUAAGAGUACCAGAUUAUCUGAUACUUCUUCUUCAAGGAAUUCAAGGUUUACUAGCCAGGGUAUGCAAACAAGGUUAAAAUCAAUAACUGGCAAACAAAAGCCAAUUCGGUCUGCCAGACUUAGAGGAGAAUCUCCUCCUCCAGUUCUAUCCCCUGUUAAUCCAGAACCCCAGGGAAUCACACCACAUCUUCGUAAAGCAAAAUUGGUACCUCCUAUUGUUGAUUUUGAUUCAGAAAGUGAUUUUGAAGCAGAAUCUGUUCUUGUGUCUCCAAAGCCAGUUACUAAAGAAUCAAAAUCCAAAAUAGAGGAAAACAAAGCCAAGUUUCAGACAAAAACUACUUUAAGAUCUACAGCAAGUUCGAAAAAGUUUCAAGAAUGGCGUGACAGACUAAGAGCAAAGAACUCUACUUCAUUAAAAAGUGUUUCCAAUAGAAAGCAGAAAACAAGUGACCAAAGUAGAGAAGUCACAAAAAAAAUAAUUGCAUCUUCUAGCAAAGUUUUGAGGUCUGCAACUAGCAAAAUAAUUACCAGGAAAACUGUUAGACAGCUAGAGAAAUUUGCUAAGCCUGUUGCAAGACCUCAGCAAAGAAGGCAGGCUCCUCAAAUUUACAAACUAAGCAGACCAGUAACAAGAAGUACAGGAAAGCCUACAGAACUUAUUGAAGCCUUAGAGAGGCCUCGAACGAGAAACUCUUCAGGCAUCAGUGGGAGAUCUUUACGUCAGAGGAAUAUUUCGGGAAGCUCUGUGUCCUCUGUGAAGUCCCAAAAGAACAUAAAAGGAAAAAGAAUUACACAAAAAAAUGAAACAGAGUAUUUUGAAAAUCUUCCACUGACAAUAAGCACAUCUUCUCAGGAUAUAAAACUUCUAACAGAAGUCUCUAAGCCCAAGGAAAAAAAAGGUGUCAAGAAAAGGGAGGAAGUAGUUAAAGAGAACACAGUCAAGAAAGAUGAAAAUGAAAUAGAAGAGCAGCAUAUGGAAUCAAAUACCAGCAUUCAUACAAAAAAAAUUGAAAAAAAUGUGGCUAAAAUUGGUAAGUUAGAUAAAGAAGUUAAGGAACAAAGAAAAGAAAAAAAUAAUCAAGAACCCAAAAAUAUGAAAGAAGAAACAUUAAAAUUAGUUUCAAAGAACCAAAAGAAUUUACAAAGGGAUUCAAAAGUGAAAUCUGAUAAAGCAGAAAUAAGGCUUUCUGAAGAUAAAAAGUCUGAAGGAGUCAGUCUUUCAGAAUCAUAUCUGUCAGAUGAAUGUAAACCACAGAUAAAAAAAAAGGAGAAGGCAAAAAUUCAUCUUGAAUCAACUGGUUGUCAGUCUUCAGAAAAUAUAGAGGUCAUUUCACCUUUCAAAAAGGAACCAAAGUUUUUGGAAGAAGAAAAACAACAGUGUAAGAAAAAAGAUAAAACAAAAACACAGAUAGAUUCUUCAGAUAGUCUGCUUUCUGUGACACAAGAGGUAAAAGCAUCAUCAGAGAAGGAGCUUCAUGUUUUAGAAGAAAGCAAACCACCAUUCAAAAAGAAAGAUAAGACAAAGACCCUUAAUGAUACAGUUAGUUCUCAGUCUUCGGUAUCAUUGGAAAAAGAACAUUUAUUAGAAGAAAAUAAAUCACAGAUAAAAAGAAAAGAAAAAAAAACUGAAAGUGCAUCUCAGUCUUCAUUAUUACCUGAUGUUGUAACAUCAUUGGAAAUGGAACCUCCUAAAAAAAAGAAAAAGUUGGUUCCAUUGAAGGAAUCAAACAAGUCUUCCAAGCAUGCCAUCUCUAGUAAGUCUUCAAAGAAGAGUGAGAAGAAAGGAAAACAUGUUUCUGGUCGAGAUCCAGAGAGUAAAAAAUCAUGUGAAAAGCAUGAACCUUUUGAGAACAACUCUGACAACAGAAUUGAAGUUUCUAAAAAAAACCCUAAGAAAAGUGAAGGCAAAUACCAUGAGAAAAAGCUUGGAAAGUCAGGUAAUAAAGAAGAAAAAAGAAAAAAACUGAAAAAAUCUAAGAAAGAAAGCAAGCACUUCAGUGAAUCUCACAAAAAAUAUGGAAUAAUAACCAAAGAUAAACUCUCAAAAAAGUUAAAGAAGCGUAAAUUAAAAGAUAAAGAAAAAUACAAGUCAAGUUUAAAAACAGACAACAGCAUAAAAAAAAGUGAAAGAAAAAGCCAAACUUUGGUGUGUGAGAAACAGUUGCAGAUAAAAAAGGAAUCUGAUCGGUCCAAUAAAGGUGACUGUAUGGAAGUACCCAAUAACACACGAAAUGUACAGUUAGUAGCUUCCCAAAGGAAUGGACCAUAUAACAAUACUGAUGAUACUGCAGCAGCUGCCUCAUACAUAAGUGAAAAUAUGUCAGAAGGUGAUCAUGCCAUUGCUGAGGUGACAGGGGAAAUGGCCCACACUAUACCAAAUGAUCUAAUUUUUGGGAAUUCUGAUGAAAUCCAAGGUUUAAUGACCAGUGAUUUUUCAGGAGUUUUUGAUGAUUCCUUCCCAGCUGGUGCUAUUCUUUUAACUACUACUCGUGAAACUCUUACUCAGGUUCCUUAUCAUUUUAUUCAGGACUUUUCUCCUGCCAAAACUGUGGCAGAUGCUUCUACAAACACCUGUGAGGAAGACAUUCUAGCUACUUUGAGUGAGAAUCUUGAAAAAAGUGAAGAAAUUUCUGUUGGUACUCAGACAACCUCUCCUGAACCUGUAACUCAGCUAGCAGAGUCACUAAUUACUUCUACAGAAUCAAUAUCAAAUCAAACUCAAACAUCUAGUUCUAUAAAGACAAAAACCAUAUCAUCCCCAAAAAUUGGUCGCCCUGGAACACCAUUAGGAACAUCACCAGUUAAGAGAAAAUUGAAACUUGUUGGGGCAAAUAAAAAACAAAAAAGUGAUACAAAAAAAGUGACAUGGAAAAAAGAACCUUUCCCAAUGGAAAGUGAUCCUCCCAAGAUGGUUGAAGCACCAAUUUAUCACCCUACUGCAGAGGAGUUUCAGGACCCUUUGGAAUUUAUAGAGAAAAUUAGACCAGAAGCAGAAAAAUAUGGUAUUUGUAAGAUAAUUCCUCCAGACUCUUUCAAGGUAAUAAGAGCAUAUCUCCAGUUGAAACAUAUAUAUGCAGCACUAAUAUGUCCAUUCUUUUCCAGGUGGGGACCAAAUGUUCAGCAUGUCUCGUGUAUAAAGAAGACUUUGAAAACACAGGGUGUGUCACUAGAACAUGCACCAUUGAUAGGGGGAGUGGAAUUAGAUCUCUCAAAGCUUUACAAUACUGUGCAACACUUUGGAGGAUUGAAACAGGUCAUAGAAAAGAAGAAGUGGCAGAGGGUGGCAGAUGCUAUGCAUAUUCCUAAAGCAGCACAAGACAGAGUAACAAAGCUGUAUGAUGCUUACUGUAAAUACAUUGUACCUUAUGAUACUCUCCCUGCUGAAGAAAAACAAAAACUUGAAGAACUGGUUGUUUCAGAACACAACAGAUAUGUGCAGAAAAGACGGGAGCAUGAAGAAGCUGGAGAAGAUGAUCCUGAAGAAGAAAAUAUUGAUUGUGUUGCAAAAGGCCGCUCUAUGUCUCUCAGUGGUUUCUACAGGAUUGCACGGAAUACUAUGGCUAUGUAUUACAAGCAUGAGCCUUCACCAGAUGAAGUGGAGAAUGAUUAUUGGAAGCAUGUCAAGGAGCGAGAAAGUCAUAUAGUGGUGCAUGCUGGGAAUAUAGACAGCAGUGUGUAUGGAAGUGGGUUUCCUUGUACACGAAACAGCCCUUUUGCCAAACAUCCUUGGAACUUGAAGAUUCUGACUAACAGCCAAGGUUCUAUCUUGAAGUGUAUGGGUCCAGUUUCUGGAGUGACAAUUCCAACUUUGCAUGUGGGAAUGUUAUUUACAACUGGGUGCUGGUAUCGUGAUCCACAUUGUCUUCCAUGGUUGGAAUAUCUUCAUACUGGUGCCAGCAAGAUCUGGUACAGCAUUCCUGCAUAUCAGACAGAAAAUUUUUGUUCUGCCAUGAAAAAAAUUAUGCCAGAAUUCUGUACUAAUAAUCCUAUUUGGUUGUCAUCUGAUACUGCUAUGAUUCCUCCAGACUUGUUGGUUGAACAUGGUGCUCCUCUGAGUCGAACUGUUCAAGAUAGUGGCCAGUUUAUUGUGAUUUUUCCUGGGGUUUUCACAUCCACUAUUUGCUGUGGCUAUUGUGUAUCUGAAUCUGUUUAUUUUGCUACUCUUGACUGGUUGGAUCUAGCUGAGAGAGCCUUCAUGGACAUUAGGAACAGUUGUGAACCUCCAGCCUUUUCUCUUGAGAGACUUCUCUGUUGUAUUGCAAAUGAUGGACGCACACAAGUUGAAACUCUACAGAAAAUCUUGCCAAUGAUUGAUCAUAUCAGAGAACAAACUCUUAAACUUAGAAAGCAAUUAUAUGACUUGGGUCUAAAAACGUCUGAGCGACUUCCACUGGUAGAAGUCCGAGACAAGAAACGUCGUCCUCGUAGCACAGAAGAUGAAAGUGAACAAGAAUGUGAAGUUUGCAGAGCACACUGUUAUAUCUCAAUGGUUGUGAAUACUCAAGAGGAUAGUGUCUACUGCCUUGACCACGCAAUUCAGCAUGUACAGAAGAAAAAGAACUUAAGGUUUUCCAAACUGAUGUACACAUAUGAUCAGGCAGAGUUGAAUGACCUUGUAAAGAGGAUUACUGAACAGAUACAUGCUCAGAGUCACAAGAAUAGUGCCCGUAAGAAAUCCCCAAAGAAACCUAAACUUUCACCUUAGAUGUGGAUUGUAAAUAUAUAUAUAUAUAUAAUGUGUGUUGGGCUGUUUCAUUUUAAUUUUUAACAUAUAAGGUCAGUUAACAACAUGCACAUAUGCAAACACAGAAGCACAAAUUUUUGUGUAACUGCAACAAGACAGUAAUUUAUAUUAUGUUUUUGUUAUUUUUGUGGAUGGUAAAAAGACAGCUUUGUCUAAGUUGUGAUAUUUAUAACCAACUUCAUUUGCUUGUAGUGAGACAGGUGACUUCAUUAUUUUGUAUAGUUCUUUAUGUAAAUCUAACUUCAAAUAAUUGUUUUGGUUAAUAGUACUGCAGACAUAAAUACUUUGUUUGUAUUUUAAACUUGAUGUCAUGGUGAUGGCAAUCACAGUUGUAGUUUUUGUUUUAAUUCUAAUCAUACAAGGAAAGAUUUUGUGAUUGUUCAGUUAUAACAUUUUAUUUUUUCUGUACACACUUUAUUAGAUAAACCAGUUGGUGAAGCAAUGCUGAAAAGUAUAAAUGAUUGUAGAGUUUCUUCUAUUAUAAAAAUACAUAGAUUGUGUUGGUGCUUAGAGAGGUAAAAAAUUGAUUGGACAAUUAAGAAAAGUAGUUUCCAUUUGAAAUUGAGGGUUAAUGUUUUCUAUGUGUACAGGGGUAGUAGAAUAUUCAAACUGAUAAAAUUAGAAGCUAAACAGCUUAAAAAUUACAUUAAAGACAGCUUUCUUAAAAAUGUCUGAAAGUACAAAAAAAAACAAAGUAAUACUUUUGCUUAAAAACAAUUCUCAAAACCAUAAACAUUUUGAUUAAAACACAAGUAGCUAAGAGAGUAGUAAGCAUAAAAGAAUUAAAAACUUCUGAAUGUUUGUAACUUAAGUUAUUUGUUAGUCAUUGUAUCUAACACUGAUUUGAAAAGAAAACAGGCUUUAUAAGAUAUUUUUUGUAGUCACUUUUCAUUAGGUUGUUGUUCUUUUCAACUAUAUUUGAUUACAUUUCUCAACUUUAAAAAAUAAGAUUAUAAAUGUGUACUGAAAUGAUCUGAAUAGCUAUAAAUUGAUUUUGUAUACUACAAUUCUCUAGUUUUGAUAAAAUGACUGUUUUUAUAUUUCUCAGUUCAUUAAAUAUAUACAUACAAUUAUUAUUGCAAGAAUUUUAUGAACUAGCUUCAUGCUUUUUUUUUUUUAAAUAGAGUUUUUGGCAUAACAAGAAGUCAGGAAUGUCUAGAACUUUGAUUAAGUUCUCAUCCUCAUUUUCACUCUAUUUUAUAUUACUGUGAAUAUUGUCGAUACUUUCUGGUGGAUCUGAGAAGGAAUGGUGCAUGUUGCUUGUAAAAACUUGUAUUCUGGGUUCUUGUUUGAAAAGCUUCCUGUUUAGCCAUUAAUUGGGCUUUCUAUUAUAUACUUAUACUUCCAUUUAUUUUGUUCAUGUAAAAGCCAUUAAAAGUUAAACUUUAAAAAUUCUAGUUUCCUUUAGUAACAAAUGUGAAAAUGUGCUUUCAAAUUCAGAAAAUAUGCAAUCUUAACAUUCCUAAACUAAGUUUAGCAAUAGCAUCUUGAAUAUCAUUCAUGAAUUUCAAAACUAUUCUCACAAUUAGAGUAGUUUUAUGUAUUGAAUUAAGUUUCAAGUUGUCUUUACGAUUUGGUAGAAAUUUAAAUUGUAAAAAUCCAGCAUGACUACAUACACUAAAAUUCAUUGGCUAAUUUAAUUUGAUAUUUGCCAUUUAUAGAUACAACAGUAAAUUGAAAAUAUGCAGAUAUGUUAGUCAAAAUUAUUAUUUAUUCGUUUCCAAGGUUUUGUCUACACCUAUCUACCUACACAUUGCUAGUCAAAGCAUUUUGUUUUAGAAACAACGAAAACUGCAUGAAUUUUGGGUGUUUAGUGGUUUGUCUUUAACUCCUCACAAUAUAUUGUACAAGGUUUGUCAUAUUCUAAAAUAUGCUCUUUAUUUAGCUGAGGGGGUUUGUCAAUUAGGUGUACUACCUCAUUGAUCAGUUUUGUAGGAGUGUUAUCUAUACUUUGCGAGUAAAAGUUUCAGAACAGAAUUCAGCCAUUACUCACCGUAGUCUGCUAUUUUGGGUUUUAAUAUCGUGGAUAGGUGACUGAUUAUUUUUCUGUAAUUGUGUAUAUAUAUAUAUAAUUGAAUAUGGACUUAUUGGCUGGUUUCAACUGCUGGUCUGUUGUCAUGAAACCUCAAUAGUUUGUUUCAAUAAGAUAUAUUAAUCUAAGAAAUUUUAUUAUCAUUUGUUCUUCUGUAAGAUUUUGCCUUGUAGUUUUUACUUUAUCUUGUGAGGUAACAUUUGACAUUUUGUAUUUUUAUAAAAGGAAUAUGAAUUAAUGCAUUACUAAAAGUACCACAAAUUAUUAGGUGCUUUGUGGUGUGUGCCAAAUAUUAACUUUUUUUCAAGUAGUUCACUGUUUUUGCAUUCAACAUGUGAUGGGUUCUGUUUUCUAAAGGUAGGAUAGUGCUAUUUUUUUCAAUAAAAUGCUCAUAAGACUAGUUUGGUAGGUGCUGUUGUAAAGAAACAUUAAAAAAAUUCAGUGUCAUUACUACCUAUAUAAAACAGUUUCAUAUUUUUACAUUGUAAGCUUUUACGACCAGUCGGCUACUUUUUACAAAAUAUUCGAUAAUAAAUAAUAAUAUUUGUUCAAAAAUAUGACCUUUCCUCUUGUUCACUAGCCUAAUAAAUAUGUAUGUAUAUGUAAGUCAACAAGUGAAAGAGUGCUUUUGUUAAAUUUAUUGUCAGUGAAUGUCUUUUUUUUUUAAGUGUAAAUUGUAAACUUUUAUGUUAAAGCAAUAAUAAGAGCUACAAAAAAACAGCUUAAAUGCAACUAGAUUGCCCUUGAAAAUUGGUAUAAAUUAUAGUUUUGUAAAUGCUUUUAUUUGGCAUACCUCUUUAUUGGUACUGUAUGUGUAAUAAUCUGGAAACUCCAGUUGCAAAGGUUUAAGAAAAAUUUGUGUGGAUAGUAUUACAAAUUUUUUGUAAAGUAUCUUAACACAGAUUACGUUUAUGAUCUAUUAAAAACUCCUGUAGACUUCAUCUGCCUGAUGAGACUUUGAGAACUGGAUGAUCAGCUGAACUCAGAUUUGAUUAAAGGAAUGUCAUUCAGCCCUGAAGGGUUCACUGGUUGACAUUAAAACUGUUAUUCUCAUAUUCACUAAUUCUAAAUAUGAAAUGUUAGUAAAGUUCUUUGUGGUAAAUUGUAUUUCUGAAUUUUAUAAUAUAAUCUUUUACUGCUUCUUGAGACAGUGAGAGACAGUUUCAGGUCUUAACUACGUAAUGUAACUUAAUGACCAGUCUAUGAAAAUUGUAUUUUUAUCCUUCAGGUUUAAUUUUAAUCCCAUUGUUCCAUUACCAGUUUAGUUUAGUUAUAAUGUAGAUAAAAGAUGUAUUUUUUCUUUUUAUUAUCAUAUGUUCUAUAUUUAUAUGAAUAUUACAAGAUUUAUUAUUAUCUUGAGUGACAAAUCGACUAUGCAGCUGGGCACUAUAAAGAUAGGAGUUUAAGAAAUAAAAUAUUGAAAGUUGUGUGUGUCAACAUUAAAUACAAUUUGUUUUGUUAAACAUUUACUCUUUGAAGGGUAAAAAACACUGAAAGAGUUAUUUGAAGAUAAAAAAAAACUUGCACACCUUCAUUCCAAAACAGAUGUAAACUUUGUUUAGAAAAAUUAUGUAAACACCAUAGUUUAAAAAGAAAAUCAUCAUCAUUCUUAGUUCCAAAAAUAUACACCAUAUUUAUUCAAAUUUCCAAUCUUCUUUUCAUUGACUUUUUGGUUUUGUUGUUUAUUUUACUGUGUUUAGAAUCAUUUGUAAAACAAGAGUUUUACAAUACUAGAUCCAAAAAUUCAAUUUAAAUCUAAUAAACAGGCAUUAAGCUUCAAAGAAAUGAAAAUUGUAGGUGAACAUUUUAUCUUACUAGAACUAUUCUUUUAGGGGAUGUGAGAUUUAAUUGCUGUUUUCAAGUGUUCUAGAGAAAACAAAGUAUAUUUUCUUUAUGAGCAUGCAAUCCUCUUGCCUUUUUUUUUUCAUUUUUAUCUCUCUUUGAACCUUAUUUAUCAAUUUACUUGCCAGAUUUUAAUAUAAUCAACCAUAGUGUUAUUGAUCAAUAAAGGCAAGUGUGUUUAAAAACAAAAUGUAAAACAUCUGUAAGCCUCUGAAUAAAUCCAAGCAUGAUAAGGUUGUUAAAUCAUGUAUUUAACUUUUCUCAUGCAUUUAAAAUGGCUUAUAGUUCGCGUUUCUUGUGCUUUUAUUAAUUGUUGCACUUGUCCUUAUUUCAAUAAUUUUAACAAUAAAUAACAUGACUAGGAUGACGUUGCUGUAUUUGAUUUGUGCUUAACCAAUAUUUAAAGAAGUGAUUGCAGGUAUCCGAAGAACAGGUGAAAGGGAGUAUAAAAUUCUUUUAGGUAAUUAUGUUGUCCUUUUUAUUAUUGUUGUUUCACUACCUCAUUCCCCAUUUUCAGUCAGACACAUAUCAGUUGAUCACUUUCACAUUUCAUACACCUUAAUGCUUUAGGGCCAAUGUUAGUAAUACAUAUUUAUUAUAUGGUUUAUUUUGUUUUUACAUACCUUUAUGUAAUGUCACUAGGCAAUCAAUAGAUUUCUGUGUAUUUGUAGUUUUUUUCUUCUUCUUCCCAUGAUAAUAGAAUAUUCAUGUGUUUGAUUGUUGUGAUGUCACUAUUCUGUAUCCUACUAUGUCUGUGAAUUAAAGCUUUUUAUACAACUCUGUGUCCAUCUUUCAAAAAUUUAGUAAUUGAGCUCAUUCACCUUGCUACCACUACGUAAUAAUCACCAGGUAACCAUGAAAGUAUCCAAAUUAUAACUUCUGAUGUAGUAAGUAUAUAUUCACGAAAUUUGGCAAGCUUUUAGUAAAUAUUCAAAGUCUUUUGCACACAAAAUCUGUUUUUGAUUAAGUAUUUAAAGCCUACUUUUUACUAAUGGUACUAUUUACUUAAAUAAUGCACCUAAUAAUACAAUAUAAUAACACGCACAAAGGAAAUAGCUCUAUAACUAUCAUAAUUUAUCUGGCUUUUUAACCGUUUUAGCUAAGCUUGUUGAUAUGAACACCGCGAGAGAAGCUUUCAAACUGAAGACGAAAUAGGCAAUACUCUGUACAGAAAACAUAAUAUAAUAUGUCAUUUGAUAGCUUAAAACUUAGACUUUCUAUUGGUUAUAAAUAAUCUAGUAUAAAAGUCGGAGAGAACUAUUAGCAAUUUGGGAAAGAGAAGAUGAAGCAAAUGGGUAUGAUUUUCUAGUUUAUGACACUUUAAACAAAUAAGAUUGAAGGCUAUAAAAUUAUGCUUUGCUUUAGUAAUAUCUAUAUUAUAAUGAGUAAUUUACGUUACUUCUCAGAGGGGUGGUAAAUAGAUAAGAGAAGAGGGAAUACUUAGAGAACAAAAGUCACAAUUCCCCAUACUAGGGGAAAUUGAAUAUUUUAAAAAAUAUUUCCUUAUUAAAUUAAAACUUGUGUAAUAUUAACAUUUGAUUUAUUAACUGCGUUUGUGGUGGUAAGUUUAUUCGUAUAGAAUGACAAUAAAGUAGUUUAAUUUAAUUUUGAAUGUAACUCUAAAAGUUCAUGACCUGCGCGCUUUGACCUACCCCUAGCGAGAGGAUUAAAGGGAUUUAAUGUUGUUUUAUUGCAUGUUAUUUUAGUUAGUUAUAUGUGUCAGAUGAAAAUGUUCGUCGUGCAUGUGAAUCUUGUCCUGAAUAUGGGUGGUCAUUUUGUGUCAUUCUGUGAGUACGUUCAAUCUAACCAUAGUUCGUGAUUAACCCCCGAUUUUAUUGGUUACUUAAAUUAAGUUAAAUUAAUUUUUGCUUUGGGAAAAACAUGGGGGGGGGGUAUUUAGUAUCCGAAUACUAAACAUCUUACUCUCCCAUAAUGUGUGUGUGUGUGUGUAUAUAUAUAUAGCUCACAAACUAUUGAUUAUAUUAAUUGUUAAUAGGCGAUUAAAUCAGUACUAUAAAACAAUAAGAUGAGAACUUGAACCGAUAACGAUAAUGCGAUAUAUAUAUUAUUUUCAAAAGUCUAACUUAUUUUUAAGUUUUUGAUUCUAGAACACAUGAAAUCUGGUACAGGUCACGUGAUAAAUUUAACCAUAGAUGUUAAUUUUUGUAUCUUGACCGGUCUAGAAACAUAUUGUUCUGUGAAAUAGUUGCAUUGUGUCAUCCUUCCUCUUGUACUUGAGAUAUAUCUUGUGAAUAUCACAUGGAAUAUGCGUUUCCACAUCCUGGUGCCAUUUUCUCAUUGGUUAGCUGCAAGAAUAAUGUGUUCUGUGAAGUUUUUAAUACUUUGAAGAGAUAUUGAUUGAACUUCGAAAAGGGCAGUUCACUUUUUCUCAUAAGAAAGCCAAAACUCAACGUGGGAGUCUGCCGUAUCAUAUUCUUGAUUUUAUCUGCUGAUCGUGUAAAAUGCACA